GGAAGUCAGUCCGUUUGCUGUUUGUUUUUUUGGCUCUGCUGACAGAAGGACGUGAGCUCAAUGUGAGCUGAAGUGUAGUUACGUGUGUGUUCGGUUCUGUUCGGGUUGUGUAACUGCGUUCUGUGUCAGUUUGUGUCGUCAUGGAUGUGAGGAUGAGUUCAGUGGUAAUGAAGAGUUUGACAACAUGGCGGAAUCUGAGGGCAAACGUGUCUUCAGCUGUAAAAUGUCGCCUCUGCAGCAGCAGCAGCUGUGGACAGAGCAAACAACAGGACACGACUAACAACAAGUGGUCAAACUCCAGACCUGCAGCCGACUCCACACACGACUGGAUCGGUCCCCCGAACCCUCUGUCCAACCUGAGACCCAUCGUCUACCACGUCCCCGAGAACGAGUCCCCGCUGCAGAGACGUCUGAGGACGCUGAGGCAGGAGACGGAGGACUGGAACCACCAGUUCUGGACCAAACAGAACUUCACCUUCAACAAGGAAAAACACGCUUUCAUCACCUCACAGCUGAAGGAGAAAGGCUUGGGCGUGCGCGACGAGAACGGACGCCGUCGCUCCCUCGACUCGGAGGAAAUGGCAAAGUUUUACAAGAACUUUCUGGACGAAAACAGAACGCGACAUGCGAAUUACAACAGGGAAUGGUACAGAAGAAACUUCACCAUCACUUUACUCAUGGCUCGAGUCACUUUACGUAACAUGUGGACAAACGUCAGACUCAAGAAAACCAGCUCUCCGUCUUCUUCUUCUUCCUCGUAAUAAAACUCUUCAGCCACUCUG